AUGACAUCACUGGAUGAGCUUCUGGUAAAGCAACACCAGUUAAUGAAUUCCAUUCAACGUACGCUACCAAAUUUCAAGAAAAUGGGACAAGCUAAGAUGACAUAUGCUGUGGUGCAGGGCAAAAUUACGUUCUUGAAGAAGAAGUUCUCGCUAUGCCAGGAUCUGGACGCGAAAAUUCUUUCGCACGUCGACAUCAAGGGUAAGAAGACCUACGUCUCAGAAAACCACUUCGUCGCUUAUGAAGACGCUGUCGAGGAAGCACUGGACUACCUGUCGGAGGCUCUCGUUAAACUCACUAGCACCGGUAAACCCGGAGACCAAACCGUGAGUCAUAACUCUGAUUCGUCUACUAAUCCAUCGCCUCAACUUUCGCGGAUCAGCUUGCCGACUUUCAACGGAACUUUCAACCGUUGGGAAAGCUUUCGCGAUCGAUUUAAAGCAAUUAUUAUAGAUAAUCGCAAUCUCACGAAUGUCGAUCGACUGCAAUACUUAUGUUCAAGUUUAUCGGGCGAUGCAAGUAACGCGCUCAAUAAUCUCGCGAUUACCGAUGCUAAUUUCGCUGUCGCAUGGGACAUUCUUACGUCGCGUUAUGAAAAUAAGUGCCGCUUGAUCAACGGCCAUUUACAAACUUUGUUCUCACUGUCGCCGGUCUCGUCCGAAACCUUCAAAGACCUUCAAACGUUGCGUGACACAACGAAUAUGUCGAUUCAAGCGCUCAAAAACCUCGGUUGUCCUGUCGAUAGGUGGAGCGAAAUUUUAGUGUUCCUUAUCUCUCAGAAAUUAGAUAAAUCCUCCAGAAAAGCGUGGGAAUUGCGAUUAGGCGAAACCGUCGAUUAUCCUCCGUACGCCGAGUUAGAUAAAUUUCUAGAAUCACGUAUUCGCGCUCUUGAAGUUAUCGCGCCGUCUAAAUCCGACAAUACGGCUAAUUCGCAAAAAUCGACUAAAACAAAAUCGAUCGCCUCUCAUUCGGCCACAACUGCGAAUCCAUCGUGUCCGAUCUAUAAAUCGUCGCAUUCGUUAUUUCAGUCUUUCUCCGCCUAUACUCCAUUGCAACGCUACGAUUAUAUUAAAAAGGAAAAUCGUUGCAUAAAUUGUCUUGGGUGCAAACAUUCACAGAAAAAUUGUAAAAGCGUUCGGUCAUGUAAGACUUGUCAUCAACGGCAUCAUACUUUGCUCCAUUUCACGGAUGAUUCAAAGCCUAACAAGGGGGAAUCGGCCUCAAUCGUUGAAUCAAAGGAUGUAAAACCGAAUAACGAAGUCGCAUCACAUUUGAUGUCGAAUAUCAUGAUGCCGAGAUCGACAAUACUUUUGGCCACCGCUCGCGUUCGCAUAUACUCGCCGCACGGAUGCUGUGUUCGUGCUCGCGCAUUACUCGAUCAAGGCUCCGUCGCCACGUUAAUCUCGUCGAACAUCGCUCAGUACUUACGCCUAGCAAAGGUGAAGCGCAUAACGCGUAUCACCGGAAUAGGAGAAUCGCAAUCGGUAUCGCGUUAA